AUGGCUCAAGUCCCAACUGAGCAAAUGGCCCAAGUCGUCGAGGCCAUCGGUGGACCUCUCGUGUAUAAGAAAAUCCCCGUCGCGCAGCCCGGACCGGACGAGGUGCUGGUGCAGAUCAAGUACAGCGGCGUGUGCCACACGGACCUGCACGCCAUGAUGGGCGACUGGCCGAUCCCGACCAAGAUGCCGCUCGUCGGCGGACACGAGGGCGCGGGCGUCGUCGUCGCCCGCGGCGCCCUCGUGCCGCCCGACCUCGCCCUCGGCGACCACGUCGGCGUCAAGUGGCUCAACGGCUCCUGUCUCGCCUGCACCUACUGCCAGGCCGCCGACGAGCCGCUCUGCAGCAACAACCCGACCCUGUCCGGGUACACGGUCGACGGCACCUUUCAGCAGUACUGCAUCGCCAAGGCCGCGCACGUCGCGCGCAUCCCGAAAGAGUGCGACCUCGAGGCUGUCGCCCCCAUCCUGUGCGCCGGCAUCACCGUCUACAAGGGCCUCAAGGAGUCGGGCGCCAAGGCCGGCCAGUCCGUCGUCGUCGCUGGCGCCGGCGGCGGCCUCGGCUCGCUCGCGUGCCAGUACGCCCGCGCCAUGGGCCUGCGCGUCAUCGGCGUCGACACCGGCGCCGACAAGCAGGCGCUCGUCCAGAGCUACGGGUGCGACUUUGUCGACUUUAUGACGUCCAAGGACCUCGUCGCCGACGUCAAGGCCCUGACCCCGGGCGGCCUCGGCGCGCACGCCGCCUUGCUCGUCGCCGUGGAGGAGAAGCCGUUUCAGCAGGCGACACAGUAUGUGCGCUCGCGUGGCGUCGUCGUCUGCAUCGGGCUGCCGGCCGACGCGCACUUCAAGGCGCCCGUCUUCGACACCGUGCUCCGCAUGAUCCAGAUCCGCGGCAGCUACGUCGGCAACCGCCUCGACUCGGCCGAGGCCAUUGAGUUUUUCCGCCUGGGCCUCAUCAAGGUGCCGUUCAAGACGGUCGGCCUGAGCGAGCUGCCGACCGUGUAUGACCUGAUGCGGGCCGGCAAGAUUACUGGCCGUUAUGUGCUGGACAUGAGCCGCUAG